AUGUCUCCCAAAAUCAGAGUUGCUGUUGCAGGUGCCUCCGGGGUAACCGGCUCCUCUGUCAUGAACGCCUUGCUUGCUACCCCUGAGACUUUUGAAGUGACAGCUCUUGCGCGGCCCCCGUCUUUGGGUAAGCAAGUAUUCGUCGAAUAUUCCCAGCAAGGCGUGAUUGUCAAGUCAGUCGAGCUAGAUGGGCCAGCGGGCGUUGUUGCCCAAAACCUCGCCGGCAUCGACGUGGUUAUAUCCUGUUUGACCUUGCGGCAAAUGAAAGAAGAGAUGACCCUCGUUACGGCAGCCCAUGAGGCUGGUGUGAGUCGCUAUGUGCCUAGCUUCUUCGGCCCAGUUUGCCCACCCCGGGGCGUUAUGCUAGCUAGAGAGAUGAAGGAGAAUAUACUCGACCAUGUUAAGAGGUUGUACCUGCCAUACACCAUCAUCGACGUUGGCUGGUGGUAUCAACUGUCCUUGCCACGUUUGCCGUCAGGGAAAGUACGAGUCAAGGAAGAAUACUCAACUACGCAAAUCAUAGGCGACGGUACCAACCCUUGGUCGUUUGUCGAUAAUCGCGAUAUAGGAAAGUACGUCGCAAGAAUCAUCGCCGACCCUAAGACUCUGAACAAGCAGGUUUUCUGCUACAGCGAGAUGUGGACUCAAAAUGAUGUGUACGAGUCCUGGGGAGCGCUUACCGGCGAGUCCAUCACUAGGAAUCCUAUCACCAAAGAAGAGCUACUGCAGAUAAUUUCAGAGGGCGAGGCCGAGAUGGCCCACGGAGAUCUUGAAUCUGCCGCCAUGUUGAAGUUGGGGAUGGCGCAGUACAAAUAUCUACUCGGCAUCCGAGGGGAUAAUACACCCGAACACGCAAAAUAUCUAGGAUAUUUGGACGCGAAAGAACUUUACCCGGAUAUUGUGGCUUCGUCUUUCAAGAACUACAUGAAUGAUUUAUUCACAGGAAAUAUCAAAGCCCCGUACAUUUAG